ACCACGUGUAAACAGAAAAGAAGUGCAACACUGAUUCGAGCACACUUGUCAUCUGUCAAUAUUUUUAAUAUCAUAAAAAAGAAUUGUAUGCAAAGUUCUUCGAAAGAACUUGCAUCUAAAUCAUAUAAAUGUAUUCUUAUAAUUGUUAAAAUAUUUUUUAUUGGAUACUUAUUUAUUGAUUAUUAAUAAAAACUACGAACAUGCCUCGUGAAUAUGAAGGUGUUAGAUAUAUUUCGGAUAAACAAAUGGUAAUAUUUGAUAUUGGCAGUGCAUAUACAAAAUUUGGUUAUGCGGGUGAAACGGUACCAAGAGGCAUAAUUAAAACAGAAGUCAAAUGUACAGAAUCAAAGGAAGUGAGAAAAGUCUUUGAUUAUUCAGAUGUAGAAGAUUUGUAUCAGCUUCUUGUUGAAUUUCUUCAUUUACUUUUCUUCAGGCAUGUUGUGGUCAGUCCAAAAGAUGCAAGAGUUCUUAUUGUAGAAUCUUCGUUAACCCCUUCUCAAUUUAGAGAUACUCUUGCAAAAGUAAUGUUCCGGCAUUUUGAAAUUGGCUCUUUACUUUUUCUACCAACACAUUUGGCAACAAUUAGUACAUUGGGAACCGAUACGGUCUUAGUAUUGGAUGUAGGUUAUCAAGAGGCAACAUUAAUUCCCAUUUAUGAAGGUGUACCAAUUUUAAAAGCAUGGCAAGCUCUUCCACUUGCUGCUCAUAUUAUACAUCAAAAUAUAAAAACAUAUUUAAAGGAUAGUUCACCUGAUUAUGAUUUGACUGAGGAAAUAAUUGAAGAUAUAAAAGUGAGAACAUGCUUUGUUACUACAUUGGAAAGAUCUAAAAAAUUAGGAACUCAAGAUGCUCCUGUUCCUCCACCAGCAGUUAAUUAUCCUAGCAUAAAAUAUGUUACUAUUUUGGGAGAGAUUAGAGAAAAAGCUUAUGAAGUGCUGUGGGAAAGAGAUAAUGAUAAUCUUAGUAUACCAACUAUGAUUUUGGAUGCCAUUGUUAAGUGUCCAAUAGACAUAAGGCGUGCCUUAGCAGAGAAUAUAUUAUUAAUAGGUGGUACAGUAAUGGCUAAAGGUUUUGCAAGUCGCUUAAAAGCAGAAUUGUUAUCUUUAUUGAAGAGUGAAUUAUAUUCUGAAAAAUUAAAAAUAAAAACAUUUAAAUUUCAUACAGCUCCAAGUAAACCCAACUACACGGCUUGGUUAGGAGGAGCAAUAUAUGGUAUUGCAGAUUUUCCUUCAAGGUGCUUAACAAAAGAAAAUUAUUUAAAAUUAAAUAGAGUCCCAGAUUGGACUAAUUUAAUAGAUAAUCAAAGAGAAAUUAUCUUGUGAAAUUUAAUUUAUAUAAUAUAAAAUAUAACUUAUAUAUGAACUUAUUAGAACAUAUUACAUAUAUCUCAUGUAUUGAUGUUUUAGCACAUAGCUUUAAAUAAAUACAUUUCUUAAUAUAU